AUGUUAAAAAUUUACUUGGAGGAACAAGCCAGAAGUGUGGGGAGCCGCAAUCCCGAGAUCCAACGCCAGCGACGGGCGGAGCCCUCGCGAGGUGAGCGGUGCGAUCGGCGGAGCGAGACUCCAGAGUUGGAGCUCAUGGCGUCCCCAUUUACAAGUCCCAUGGCAUCCCCAAGGAGCGAGUGGUCCUCGUGGGCGUCUCCUCGAAGCAGACGGGAGCCGGAAGUGUCGCCAGGAGCAACGGAGGAGGAGGACAGCGAAGACAGCGACGUGGUGGUAGUCUCCGUCGAGCCGGCUCCAAGGAGAGCCGAGCUCAGGAGCAUGCAGCUCAACGAGGAGGAGAAGCGGGAACGGGAGCAGGAGCUGCGGCGCGACGCAGCAUUCCUCGGCAUCGCCAUCCGAUCGGCGGAACGCUAUUUGCGUGAGAGGAAGCGCGAAGCUGCAGGGCAACGGAAGCCGCGGCAGCCUACGACACUCAGGCCGACGCCAUCGCAGCCGACGGCAAGGCCAACAAGGAGGCCAGCAGCGCAGCAGAGACGGACGGCAGAGGUACCGAGACGGACGGCAGAGGUACCGCUGCAACGGAUAGCGCGGCCGACAGCGACGCCAGCAGCGCGGCCAACAACCGAGGCCAUACGGAGAAGCCAUAUGGAGCAGCAGCGCAACCGGCGAGCAGCAGCAGAGGCGCGACGCGAGGAGGAGCGGCGACGCGAAGAGGGGCGGCGACGCGAGGAGGAGCGGCGACGCGAGGAAGAGCGACGACAUGAGGAGGAGGCCCGAAGCAAGGCAGCGGAGAAGGCACAAUAG